AAGGUAUACGAAGUCAACAUAGAAUGCUUUGUAUUAUCUAAAAUAAGUACUAAGCUACCAUCAACUUAUGUUGACACAAGGAGCUUUCAAAUACCCACUGGCAUUCGUCUUGCCGAUCCUACUUUCAAUUGUCCGUCUUCAGUCGACAUCUUAGUUGGCGCAGAAAUAUUUUGGGAAAUUUUAAGCGCGAAUCGUAUCAGUUUAGGAAAGAACAAACCUUCUUUAUUUGAAUCUAAGUUAGGCUGGUUGAUUUCCGGCUUAUUUAUAAACUCAAAUCAUAAUAAUGACUCUUCUUCUCCCGUGUGCAUGUUUUCAGACAACACACUAUCAGAUUUGUCUCGAUUCUGGGAGCUUGAUACUAUUUCUUCAAAACACAAACUCACUCCCGAAGAGAAGCGCUGUGAGCAGAUAUUUGCGGAUACCACGUAUCGAGAAUCUGAUGGUCGUUUCGUGGUGACUCUACCCCUCAAAGAGCCACCCACCAUUCUAGGUGACUCUUACAACAUGGCCAGGCAUAGGUUUAUCUCUUUAGAACGUAGAUUACAAAAAAAUCCAAUUCUUCAGAAACUCUAUUUUGACUUCAUGCGUGAGUACAUAGAGCUAGGUCAUAUGACUGAAAUUAAUUCUUUUGAUUGGAACUCUACAGAGCCAUCUUAUUACUUGCCACAUCAUGGAGUCAUGAAGGAGUCGAGUUCCACUACGAAACUGCGUGUCGUAUUUGACGCGUCUGCAGUUACUACGUCGGGAAAGUCUUUCAACGACAUCCAAAUGAUAGGAGCCACUCUUCAAGACGAUUUACAAUCGAUUCUUCUUCGAUUCCGCCAGCAUAGAAUUGCAGUGUCAGCGGACAUUCAGCAAUUCUAUCGACAGCAUCUUGUCACUUCUCCACAACGAUGUCUGCAGCAGAUACUAUGGAGAGAAAGCCCUAGGACACCGUUGAAAACAUACGUACUUAAUACAGUCACCUACGGUACGGCAUCUGCACCUUUUCUCGCAACUAGGUGUCUGUUACAACUCGCGCAUGAUUGCAAGAACAAGGCCAUUCAAUUUACAAUCGAACAUGAUUUUUAUGUUGAUGACUAUUUAUCAGGGUCAUCAUCUGUCGAAGAGGCUAUACAUCAAUGUCAUGAAGUUAUCGCUGUCUUGCAAUCAGCGCAGUAUAAUCUGCGUAAGUGGCAUCCUAAUUCCGUGGAAGUCAUGCAGCACUUUCAUGGAAUUAAUUGUGAUACACAAGGCUCUGUUGAUCUAAGCUACAACUUUAACGAGAUUUCUAAAACAUUAGGCCUCAACUGGAAAUUAUUUAAUGACACAUUUUCUUUUACAAUUAAUUUAAAGCACACUGACAUUAUUUCAAAACGACACAUUUUAUCUACGAUUGCACAAAUAUUUGAUCCCUUAGGUCUUGUAGCACCAUGCAUCGUGGAAUCUAAAAUUAUCAUGCAACAGUUGUGGUUAGCUAAAUGUACUUGGGACGAACCUGUUUCUGAAGACAUACAAAGGUCUUGGGAGAGUUUUCAAAAUACUCUUCCAUUGUUAAACAACAUAGAGAUUCCACGUUGGAUUUCAUGUGACUCUCCUAUAAAACUGCAAUUGCACGUGUUUACAGAUGCGUCUGAGCGAGCUUACGGUGCCUGCGUCUUCGUGCGCAGCAUACAUGCCGAUGGCUCUGUUCACGUUCAUCUACUUAGUUCCAAGAGCAAGGUAGCUCCUAUAAAACCAGCUACUAUGCCCCGACUCGAACUAUGUGCAGCCUUGAUGGGCGCUCGAUUGCAUUCUAAGACAUGACAAAAGAAGCUUUUUUAGCAGCUCUCAACCGAUUUAUUGCUCGGAGGGGGAAACCACGCCACAUCUUCUCGGACAAUGGUAGUACUUUCGUCGGGGCCUUCAAUGAGCUAGCACAGCUUCUAGCACAGGAUCUCGACCUAAAUAAAAUCGAUCCAGGAAAAAUCCAAAUGGCAUCGCUCUACCAGAGGAGAACUAAAGGAAGGGGCUCUCGUUGUAAUCAAGGACAAGACCUCUCCGCCUCUUAUGUGGCUGAUGGGACGAGUCAUCCGUGUGCUACCAGGGAGUGACGGCGUCGCAAGAGUUGCAGACAUACGCACACGCAAGGGUGUGCUCAGACGGGCAUUCAACACUAUUUGCCCCCUGCCUCUACAGUGACUCUACCUUGAAGACCACGGCUCUUCAACAGGGGGAGCAUGUUGGAGCCGCCUUAACUGCGGCUGAUGAACCGGUUGUGUAGCCGGACGCCAGAGGGGAGCCGCCGGAGAGGGGAGGCAACGGUCGUCGACCCACUCGGCAGUGCCACGUACCGCAGUCGCGUCAAACCCUAUCAGCACGACACCCGCGCACGCGCAUCUACCUAUUUACAAUAUUUCCGCAUACGAUAACCAGUUACUUUGUGCUGUCAAUAAACAUUUAACUACA